ACUGCUAGGCAGGGUGUUAAGGACACAGAGGGAAGACCCCAGAAGAUGCUGCUUCUCCUGCUUGGGUGUCUCCUGCCCCCCACCAAUGGGAAAAGCUGCCUCCACUGCUGGCCAGAACUGCCCCCAUUGAUAGACUAUGAUCUGCAGAUCCUUUGGGGCACCCCAGGGCCACCUGCAGAGCUCUCCCAAAGUGUCCACUCCCUAUUCCUGAAGAGAGAUCGUGUCUUCCUAGAACCCCAAUAUCUUGAUCAGGACCAUAUGGAGGAAGCAACAGCCAAAUUAUUCAAUCAUAUAGAUGAAACCAUCAAGAAGUUUCGAGAUGAUAAACCAUCACUUCUGGAAGAGAUUCGUAUCCAGAAACAGGUGUUUACUGACAGGCUGAAUAAGAUAUCUGAAGAGCUGAAGGAGAGGGCUCCCUUUCUUGAUGAUACCCCAACCCUUCCUAGCUCUGUCUGCCUCCCCCAGCACCUCAGUUUCUCUACCAUCUCACCCUCCUGGGCAGCCUGCAACAAGACCUGUGACCUACACUCCACACUAGAAGUUAUCAACUGUGCCAACUGCAAGAUACAUUCCCUUAUCUGCAAAGACCCCACUCUCUGCCCAGAUGGUACAUUUUCUGGCGUGAGAAGAGAAAGGAAGCAGAAAAGGUGCUGGGAAAGGAGACCCCUGCCAGAAUGUAGGUCUCCCGAGGAGGAAAAGCUGCAAGUAGCAAGGCUCAGUCUGGCCUCAUCUACUUCCAGCACCAGAGAUGAAGACAGAGAUGGCUUGGGUCCCUAUGUCCAGGUAUUGAACAGAGACGAUGAGAGGCCAGCUCAUAGCUCAGGGACUGGCAGAGGAACAGACAUCAGAAAACAGACUUCAAAUCACAUUAACAGCAGAGCUUUCUCCAUCCUGGCCAAGAUGCCCACCCUAGGAACACCCAGGUCCCCGGUGAAUCUGGUACUGCUAGCAAUGACACUUCCUUGACUCUGCCUCUGGUAGUGGAGUGGAGGAGGGGAGGGAGGGCAGGGGUUUGCCUCCUCCUCCUCCAUCCCUAUGUCCUUUUCCUUGUCUGAACCCAAGGCUGCCAGAUUAAAUGGAACUUCUGAGUCCUCCAGGCACAGCUCUUCCCUUUCCCCUCAACCUUGUGCCCUUCCUCACUGGUACUCCCAGACUCUUGUCCUUGGAUCAGGCUCUGCUCUGAUGGGACCUAUCCAACAGCUUUUCAGCCACUGCCAGCACCAGAGCCCUGGUCAGCAGGUCAAACCCUGGGUGCUGAAAAGAAGCAAGUCUGGGACCAGAGCUAAGGACCAGUAUCCCAGAACCUGGACUCGAGUCCUGGUUCUGAUGCUAAGGUUGUAGGCUCCCCCUUGUGAAUCUGUUCCCCCAUCUGAGCAUGCAGGGAGGAUGUCAAACUUCAACCAGGUUGUUGUGCCCUGACCCUGGAGCCCACUAGGUUCACAUUUGCCAUCUUACAUUUGCUCAUGCUAUAGGUCAAAAUGUAAUGUUCUCAUCUCUUUCCCUCACCUCCAGUCCCUUGAAAUCCUGCCAGGACCCACAGCCCACCUCCUGAAAUAAGACAUCUUGUCUCUGUAGGUCUUGCCAGUACCCCUUCUUCCAGAGCUAGCACCUAGGCCGGAAGUGAGCUGACUCUAUAGAACCACCCUGCCAUAAGGGCCACUCCUUUGGUGGUGGUGGUGGUGGGUGAGGGUGGGGACUGCAAGAGACUGAGGCAAGAUGCAUAUAGGCCAUAAACCAACCAGGACAGGGAGCACAAUGGCUAAGGGCAGCUGUGGGACCCCAGCCAUAAGUAUCUCCAUCCCCAGCCAGAGGGAUCCAGGAAGCCCCCCACCCCAUAAGGUGGGGUCUUCAACUGUGAGAAGUCAUGGAAGGUAGGAAGGGAGGGAGAACUGUUUUCAUUAAGAGUUCAGUGUUGCAGAAGAGCAGAGAUAUGAGAGGCUUUGAUAGGUUCAGGCAACUUCAAGAAAUGUGAUACGGCUGGAUGGGGCCCACAGAGGUACCCAGGCUCAAAGGGAACAAGGCGGGCUAGGGGGAAGUAGUGGAUGGUUUUGCCAGUGGCAGACCUGAGUCCCAGGGAGAGGACAGGGAUCCAGAGAGGGGUAGGGUAUCUGUGCCCAGGCAGAUGUGGCUCCACAUGUUGGAAAUUGAGAUAUCCCCGCAUCCAGCCCCACAGACACUCCUUGCUUCACAAAACUGAGGAAGGGAUGCCUGGGUGGCUCAGAAGUUCAGUGUCUGCCUUUGACUCAGGGCGUGAUCCUGGGAUUCAGGAUCAAGUCCCGCAACGGGCUCCCUGCAUGGAGCCUGCUUCUCCCUCUGCCUGUGU